AUGGCUUCAGGCACAGCAUAUCGGUGCAUGCAACCAGACAAUGCCGUUUUGAAUUUCGACCCAGAUCCAUACCAGCGCAGGCCCCCAGUAGUACAGUACCGGGCUCCACCAAAAAGAACAUCAAGGAGGCAUGCACGAUCGGCACUUUCGAUUUGUCGACUCCCAGUUGAGAUUCUCCACGAGAUACUCCUCGAUCUCGACCUGAUCAGCAUCGGAACGCUUCGUGAAGUUGACACGAUCAUGAGGCGGGUCGCAGACUCCCUUCCCCCGUACUCCUUGCUGCGGUCCCUUGCCUCGGACACGAUCCAUGUCAUGGAGGCCGUCGAGUGCGUUUCAUAUUUCCCCGUCCGUCGACUCUUUGCCGAGUUCUGCCAUCCCUACUGCCGGACCUGUCGCGACUUCGGGCCCUUUCUUUACUUGCCGACGCUCACACGCUCCUGCUACAAAUGCAAUCUCCUCCGACCGGAGUACGAACUGGCGCCGCUGGCAGAGGUGUUCUUCCGCUUCGGACUCGAGGCGCAGGUCCUUGAAUCACUGUCGGCUAUCCGCAAAAUCAAUCCGCCCCGAUACUGGCUGGUUGACUUAGCUCAGGCAAAAGCCUUGGGGCGACGGAUCCAUGGGAAUUCCAGAGCAACGAAGCAAGUGCACAAAGCCCGUGUCAAGCUGCGCGAAAUUGACUACGAACGCCCGAUCUGGCAAUUUGAAAGGACGCAGAGUCGAGAUAUCCAGUGCAAACGGCCUUGGCGUCGAUUAAUUAACAAUUCACCCUCAACCGCCGUUGCAGUAGGCUCUUGGAGGUUGGAAGCAACGGCCGCAUUUCCGUACUGGGAUCGCAAAACACAGACACUCGAGCCAGGGGCCUACUGCAGGGCUUGCACCUAUCAGUGGGAGCAGGGAAAUAUUAAUGAUUGGAGACGCCUGGGCCCGGUUGGUGGCUCCUACCCCCUAAGCAAAGAGGCCGCGUAUCGAGCAUUUCUGGAGGCAGAUCUACCUGAGCAUUUCCUCCACUGCCCUGCAGUCAAGGCAAACUACAGCUUUCGUACCGGACGGAUGGGAUCUUAUGGGUGGGAUGGGCCGGAUUUUAUUGUUCACCCCAAGAAUGGUAAUUCUAUCUGAUGCGAUGGCAUUGUCCUUCGGGGCUUUGCGAGUCUCCAUCAGAGGUAGAAGCGACGUUGGCUGAUCUCUUCCAACUGCCACCGAAUUUUGUGAUCCGUUGGAUGAAGAACUUUCCAUUGUGUCUGCCAUCUAUCUCUGGAUAUAUUUUCCGAGCUUGGUUCAAUCACAAGCAUCUACAUGGUGGGGGAAGGGGGCGUUGAGACUGCCAGAUACUAGUAGCUUAUGAGCAAGAAAUGAAAUAAU